GAUCCGAGAGCGAUCGGCCGAUGGACCGACCACCGACGCUCGAGGACCUGGUCCGGGACGACGGCGAUGCAAUGUACGUGGCAGAGCCGUCGCGCACCGAAGCAUUCCUCAGUCGCAUCAUCGAGCAGCAGCAGGAUGAGCUGCAUGCACUGCGCAAGACCGACCAACUGCCGCGUGGCGACGCUGUCGAGGGCAACAACAACGACCUCGUCAUGGAGAUCUCGAUCAGCACCUUUAUCGACCUUGAGAACGCGCUCUUGACCAAGAAGAAGCAGCUCUUGCAGCGCGACGUGACCAUCUCGCAGCUCCGCGCCGCGCUCACCGACGCCAACGAGCGCGCUGACGCCACGCAGACCGAGUACGACACACUGCGGCGCGAGCACCACGCCUUGCGCCUCUCGCUCGAGGCGCCACGCGCGAAACCCAAAGACGACAUGAGCGACCAUACGCUGUGCCGGCGGACCAUGCACGAGCUCGACCAGCAGCGGCAGACGCUGGUCGAGCGCUGCCGGCUCCUCGCGCUCGAGGCCGCGCGAUACCGCCAUCACCAAGAGCGACUCAAGGCGCAGUGGUCCGAGGCGACGCAGGCCGUUGACCAACUUCAACACCAGCGGCAGCAGCAGCUCGAUGUGAUCCACGAUCUACAAGCGCAGGUGCACGCCUUCCGCGCCAUGCAGACAACCGCAAACCCGUCAAUCUCGACGACGCUUACGUCGUCAUCGACCAUGACCGAGGCGUCAAGUGAUGCGCCAUCGUACGAGGUCUCGGCGGUUCGAACCACGGACCUGCAGAUCAUCGCGGCUCAAAACCACCGCAUCGAGGCCCUCGAGGGUGUCGUCGACGCGUUGCGUUCGCAGGUCGAAGCGCUGCACGCACAGCAAACAACGUUCGACGCCGAGCAUGCAACGCUGCGACGCCGCGCCAACGUCUGGAAGGGCUGCAUCUACACGCUUCUCAACAAGCACCACAAGAGAACGCUGGAUCUCCAAGCCGCUCUCAAAGCGCGCGAUCUGCUGCAAGCGGAGAAGCGACAGUACAUUGCCGACUACAAGAAACGCAAAGCGCAGUGUAGCGCGCUGCAGGCAACGCUGGAGGCCGCCAACGACCAGCUCGAGAAGGACCAGAGCAUGCUGGCCGAGCACAAGACGCGGAUACGGUACUAUAGCCAGACGAUCCGACACAACGCCGAGCGGAUGCGAGCACUCGUUGCGACAUGCGAAGCCAUGCAGUCCAAGCUGCAAGUUAUCCAGGCGCGCUACCAGCGGUCCAACGUCCAGCGCAAGCAGCUCGCGGCGCAGUCGUCGACGUACAAGAGCCUACUCCACGACGAGAAGCGCGAGCGCGAAGCCGCGCUGGUCGAGAUCGAAGCGUUCCGGAAUGCGCUCGUGCAAGUGUGCCAAGAAGCAAUCGCCAUGCCGCCCCAGUGGACCGUGGAGCAUGUACAGACCGUCACCGGCAUCGCCGAGCCCCUCGUGUACGGCUAAGAUGGAGGAAUUGUACAUUGUAUUUUGUCCACA